AUGGUUCAAUUUUAUCCAUUACCACCCUACAGUCUAGAUAUUGACAUAAUUAAAAAUCUUUGGUCAAUUAUUAAUAAAAGGGUAUCAAAAAAGAUGUUUCGUAACCCAUCACAAGACCAAGUUCAGGUAUGUCAAGAUGCAUUUCAUUCAAAAGAAAAAUCAAUUAUAAAAUCAUUAUAUGAAUCACUCCCUGACCGAAUGGAUGCCAUAUUAAAAGCUUAUGGAGGGUAUACUAAAUAUUAA